AUGUUCGGGACGAAAUUGCGCACGUGGAUGGAGGCACACAUUGUGCGAUCGAAAAAGAAGAAGGAUCGGAAGAAGGGCGACAAGGGAUUCGACUCGAACUGCAACUCCCCCAGGAGCCACAGCGCCAACCGAUCGCCCGCUUUGCAUCAGGUACAUCCAGUGGAUUCGCCAACGAAGAACGUGGACGGUAUCCGGUUGCACGGGGGCAACUACGGCGCAACAGUGACUACCUCGUCCGGCACUUCCGGCGGUACCGCCGGAAGUGUGAGCCUCUCCUCGCCGGAGAGCGCGUACUCGACCGGCUAUUCAACCGACGGCACCUCGCCCGGCACCAGUUUCCCGCCCGAGUAUUACAUCAAUAUCAGGACCGGCACCCACUACUUUCAGAACAGCGGCAAUAGCGGUACUGCCACCACCGCCAACAAUAACAAUAACAAUAACAACAAGACUAGGGUGAAAAGGCCAGGGGAUCACCUGCCUCCGGCUGGUAGUAGUGUUCUGUCAGGAAAUGGAAGAGUCGAGGAUAGGGGGCAGCCAUCCGCGAGCACGACGAACAUGACCAGAGACAACGGUCAGCCGGAAGUUCGAACAAGCACGCCACACAAGAGUGCAGAGACAUCGACGAAUCACGGUCAAAGGCAGCAUCAGCAAAGGCAACAGGAAAACUCUCAUCGCAGAACGGAAUCUUAUUCUGCCGAUUCAACGAGAAAUAAUUUGCCGGUACCAUCAUCGAUACCACCACCGUUGGUCUCACCUCCGGUGCAGUCGCCUCGUGAACGCUCCCGCAUCCGGACGAACCCAUGGCUGUCGGCGAACUCUUCCGGAUCUAGCACGAAUGGCCUGAAAUCGCGACUCGCCCUGGAUGAGAGCAGCAGCAGUUCCGGCCUGAAGCUCACGGAAUCCUCCGGCAGCGCCAGCGAUGUCAAUUUGAAUGGCAGAGAGCCUCAUGGCAGGAAAGAGCAUCGCCAGGAGAGCCUCAGCGCAGGCCGAAGCCCGAUUAAUCAAAACUGGAGGAUCACAUCAGGCAUAGAUCUCCGACCGAAGAUCUCUUUGGCCCUGCAACGACGAGCCAGCAGCAGCAGCAGCUCGUCAGCGUCCUCGGUGACGCGCAGUGUGCGCUCAUCAGAGGACGACAUUACACUGAACGAGAUGAUGGGCAAGUUCGACGAGAGCUACGUAUACGAAAAAGAGACGGACAUUCUGUCGGACAGUGACCCGACUGACUGCGAGGAUUACAUUGACUCGCUAUCAGACAUCGACACCGGGCAGGAUGGCGGUGACGAGAACGACCCGUUCGAAAACGACGAGCUUGAUUACAUCGAUAAUGGCUCGUUCCUCGAUCUGGACAGUCUCGAAUGCGGUGGCGCCGGCCACUUUCCCAAUACCGGUCACUGCACCUACUUCACUUUUACCAGCGAACUAAGCCGGCGCGGCAGCAGACUCCGGGAGUCCUUCCUCAAGCGCAGGACCAAGGACGAGAUCUCUCAGAGAAACAUAAAUGCGAGAACCAGCACGAAGAGACAGAGUUCGCGACAUAGAAAAAUGGAUGAUAAGCAAAGCGAGAAGCGCAAGAAGAGGAUAUCACAGCGUCGCAAACCGAAUCUAGACCGAUGUGACGACGAGACGGCGAACCUGAAUCGUGUGCUGGUCGAAAGGAUGCUCCUGAAGAAUUCAGGAUUCAAUCAGGGCAGCAGGAGCGUGGGCGGCACGCCGAUGUGCUUGCGACGCAGGAAGCACGACGUGAAUAAGAAUCUCUCACCGAUGAGACUGAAUGGCAAUCCGUCGGCUAUCAGACCCGCCGUGAUGGAGAACGAGAUCGUGAAAAGACGGUCGAACUCGGUAAGUUAUGUGAACGGCAACAUAGUGCGACGCCACGUGGCCGGCAACACAUACAUGACCACAUUCGCGUCGGAGAUCGCGCUGAUUGAGGCGGACAAGGAGGCCGAUCGCAAAUAUCGCGAGCUUAUCCUGGAAGCGGAGAAUAUUUUGGUGAGCAUGCAAAAGUACCAGAGUCCUUCGCCGUGUGUGCCAUCGCCGUCGCGCAAGCUACAUAACGGUUUGGCGAACAAACGCGUCGAACUCAUCAAAAACACGGAGCUGAAUAUUGAAUUGGCACUGUCCAAGAGCCGUAAUUCCCAGCCGGAAUUACAAAGCGGCAGUAUUCGUGAUCUGGAGCACACCAGUCCCAAACGGCAGUUCGCUCAGCCGUGUUCUCCAAUUCAUCGAUUUAUGGAAAGAAAUUCCCCAGCCAAUUUCAUUUCAAAAGAGCCUCCGCCUGCCUUUCGGCAGCACGAGCUGUCCAAGUGUCCGGACUCGCCGGCGAUGACGCGUAGAACGACGCCCCAGAGCUCACCCAGCAGGAGUUUGAUGCACCAGCAGGUGCAUCGAGCGCGUAACAGCGAACCAGAAAUCAAGGACAGCAACAGAUCAUCUCGGAUUGCUUUGAAUUGUAACGGCGGGAUGAAACCAGAAACCGGCGUGAAUGCGAAUAGUUCUCUUGGGGAGAAGAUACACGCGAACGGGAUGAUGCAAGGUUCUCUCGGUGGAGGUAGAAAGGAAUUUCGCUCCGCGAGAGAAACGACCAAGGAGGAGGGAGUGACGUCCAGCUCGUCGGAUUCCGAGGAAAAGUGCGAUAUGAGACGGAGGGCUCCAUUGAUGACUUUCAGAUCAGUCGAUAUGGGUCCCAUCAAAGAAGGUUCUUCCUACUGUCCGCAAAGCGAGCCAGUUAAAAGAAAAGUAUACGCCGGAAGCGCGACAUAUGGCAGAAUACAAAAGACAUUGGGCGAACAUGUUAUGCUGAGAAAUUCUGACGGCGAUACAGCAACCGAUGAUACUGAUGACUCGAGGAGAUCUCUAAAGGAAAAGGUAGCGCAAUUGCGACAGGAGCGAUUAGCCGCCGAGGCGAACGCGAACAACAUUCAGGACUCGCAGUUCUUUCAGCACCAGCUAUCCCAGCUACGACGGCAGAUGCUGAUGCAGACAAUCGAGGGCUUGAAGCGUAGUCUCGAAGAUCAGUCGGCCACCCUGAAGCAAACUUGCUUGGAACCGACGAGCCUGUUGACCGACGAGCUGCCUUGAAUCCGACCGGCUGACUCGUUUCCGGUCUAUUGUGCUGCUCGAUCACGACUAACAGCGUCCACGACAUCGCCCUGUGUUCCUUGCGAGGGGAACAGGCUCGCCGGACGGACAAGAUCGAAGUUACCAGUCCCUGUCCUCGGCGAAUCCGCGAUUGGUCGAGCCGCCGCGCGCUGCGAGAAGUAUUGAUUAAGCGCAGCGUUUAUUCCAUGCGCAUACCGAAUUACGAUGACGCGAUCCUCCUCGGGCUCGAUGAUAUCAGGGUCAGCUGAGUGCGAACACGCACGUCAAAUCUCUAUUUUUCUGUCCGUUUACGUGAUAUGAGAGAAAGAGAACGAGAGUGAGAGAGAAAGGGAAAGAAAGAGAGAGAGAGUCGAAAUUGAGUGUGUCGCGUAUCCUCGCUGGGCAUUGUUCCGCUCUAUUGUUCGUUUCGCGUAAUAACGUUUCUCACGAACUCUUUUUUUUUUUUCGUCGCUUUUAAUUUGCAACUUCGCGCGAG